GAGCCAGUAGCGUUGAUAAACAAUAUAAAACAAUUAAAUUUGCGAUGCUCUUCUAUUCGUUCUUCAAAUCGCUGGUGGGCAAAGAAGUCGUGGUCGAGUUGAAAAAUGACCUGAGCAUUUGCGGCACUUUGCACUCCGUGGAUCAGUAUCUCAACAUCAAGCUGACAGACAUCAGCGUGACAGACCCGGACAAAUAUCCGCACAUGCUGAGCGUGAAAAACUGCUUCAUCCGCGGCUCCGUUGUGCGCUAUGUGCAAUUGCCCGGGGAUGAGGUGGACACACAGCUGCUGCAGGAUGCGGCACGCAAGGAGGCUGUGGUGAGCACGAGAUAGGUGUCGCAGUAUCUGCUACACAUUCUAUUUAUAAGCUGAAUUCCCACUUGUACGAAACUCCUCACUUUUUGACCUAUAUCUAAGUGAAAUUCUGUUAAAGCCAAACAAAUUUGAUUGAAAAUACGAA